UAGAGAAAGGAAAAGCGGUAAGUGGCUGCCGGAACACCUGCUGUGAGGACAGGUACCUCCAAAAAAGAAAGAUGACUUGCAAAUCAGAACUGAAUGAAGCUUGAGCGAAACUGUUUGGCAAAAGCAAAACGGACAGUCACCUCACGGCCACGUUUCCUUUCUGUUAUAACGAACGACUUGAGACUUCUUUUUUUUUUUUUUUUAUUUUCGGACACUUUUUAGGCUGCGAAUUUUGAAUAGUGAGGCUAAAGUCUGUGCUUAAAACGAUUAUGAAAACCAAAGUUAAGGUAAGGACAGCAGACUAAUUUGCACCUUUUCCAUUCAACAGUGAAUACACCUAUAAUAAAAAGCAGCAUAAUAAUUAUUGAUAGGUUUGUGCCAUGAAUAUCAGAACUUGAUAAAAAAACAAAACAAAAAAAACCCAUGAUCUGGAAUGGACCAAGACCUGACCCUCAUUCAAAUGCUAUCACGUGCCCGGGACUGGGCUGUCACUGUAGCCACUGUGGGCCAUUGAUUCCUGGGACCCCGAACUCUCCCCCAAUGAAGCAGACCUGGUGGGCCCGUCUGGUACGGCUUGGACUGCUUGCUGUGUGCACGUGCACAUGGCUGGUCCAGGGAUGCGGGCCAGGCCCUGGGUAUGGCAUUCGAUCCAGGCCCAGGAAACUCGUAGCCAUGCACUACAAGCAGUUUGUCCCCAACUUCUCAGAGAGCAAUCUUGGGGCCAGUGGAAGAGCAGAGGGCAAGAUCACACGUAACUCGGAGCGCUUCAACGAACUUGUGUGUAACUACAACACAGACAUUGUCUUCAAAGAUGAGGAGAACACCAACGCAGACCGCUUCAUGACUAAGCGGUGCAAGGAGUGUCUAAACAGGCUGGCUAUUGCAGUUAUGAACCAGUGGCCAGGGGUACACCUGCGAGUGACGGAGGCCUGGGAUGAAGACGGCCACCACCCGCCCGACUCCCUGCACUAUGAGGGCAGGGCUGUGGACAUAACCACCGAUGACAGAAAAACAGAGAAGUACGGUCUGCUAGCUCAACUUGCUGUGGAAGCUGGCUUUGACUGGGUGCACUAUGAGUCCAAGUACCAUGUCCACUGCUCUGUGAAAGCAGAUCAUGCAGUGACAGUGGAGAAAGGUGGUUGUUUCCCAGGCUGGGCCCGGGUAAGUAUUGCUGGAGGGGGGCAAAAGACUCUGUUGUCACUGUCCCCUGGGGACAGAGUCAUGGCCCUGUCUGGGACAGGUCGCAUAGUAUUCAGCAAAGUCCUUCUGUUUCUGCACCGAGAUCAGGAAAGCAGGUCUACCUUCCUUAUUCUGGAGACAGAGGAUGGACACAGACUGGCCCUUACUCCUCAUCACUUGCUCUUUCUCGCCCACCAUUACAAACUCCACUACAGUGAGUACCAGGUUCAGUUUGCUAGCAAAGCCCAGAGAGGGGACUAUGUUCUCAUUCAUGGAUCAGGAGGUCAGGUACAACCAUCUAAAAUCAACUCAGUUUCCGUGGAGGAGGAUGUGGGAGUCUAUGCGCCGUUGACAGAAGAUGGGACCUUGUUUGUUGAUGGGGUGCUGGUAUCCAGCUAUGCAUUGAUAGAGGACCACAUACUUGCUCACUGGGCAUUUGGACCACUUCGCCUUCUUUCUUCAGUAAACCAAAUCCUUUGGGGAGAGAGUGCGGAGGAAUGGCAGAGUAUUGAAGCUGAGACCCACACUGAGACUCCAUCACAAAGCAGCACUUGGGUCCUUGGUAAAGUAGGUUUGUAUGUGAAUAAUAACACAUCAAACAAUCGAGGCAAUUUGACUUUAUCACGAACGAUGGACAUCGAGGUGACGCACUCUUUGCAAAGACGAGUAUCAACUGUGCACUGGUAUGCUAGAUUGCUGUACAGUUUUGCAUGUAUAUUUCUAGACCUGAAGUAAUUUCAUCCUUACAAGACCAUAAAAUCAAGCACUGGUACAUGUGACCUACUGAUAAUAUCUUGCUACUUUGAUUUAUUUACACUAAUGACUUCGGUUUUUUUUCCCUGCACUGGAAGGGCUUGUUUGCUUCUUUCACACUGGUAUAUGCAUUGUACUGUACCAUAAUGAAUUCAUACUUAAGUCACAUUUUAUAAGAGAUUAAAAUUAAAUGGGGCAGAUUGUCAGAAAUGGCUAGAGCAAACAUGGUCAUGUAAUAAUCACUGUAUCCUUGCAUUCAUUUGCGUAUUAUGUAAAUUGACAGAACACUUAGAAAAAGUAUAUUUUCCGUUACUCUAAUGCAGAAGAAUGAAGAUUUCUUUUAAAAACAAUAAAGCUUUAUUUUUGUACCUUUUGAAUCAUAAUAUAUAUAUAUAUAUUCCAAUUUAUUAUAAUUAUUCACCUACAUGUAUUGGAUGUCUUUAUCUUACCUGUUCUUGUAUAAUGUCAUUUAAAAAAAAAAAACUGAAAUGUAAUUCUAUUCAGGAAAACUCUACUAUGUGAUCCGUUUCAGGGUAAAUGUUGCCUGUUAGGUUAAUUUUAUUUUAUUAAAUGUAUUUUAAUGUGCAAAAAAACUUAAGUGGAUGCUUGUGAAAAUGCUGUUAAAUAUUCAAAAGGUCAUCUCUAGAGCUUGUAGUAGUUUUAGCAACAUGUGUGUUACAGAGGUUAAAAACCCUCCAUGGAAAUCUAGUCCCCAGGCAGGUUAAUGAAAAGCCCAGACACAUACUUAAUAUUCUUGGGUUGUCUCCAGCCACCCUGUCUUUAGCUCAAUCACAGCCUUUAUUACUGCUUCAGGAAAAUAGGCAGGUCUCUCAGAAUUCUCCAACAUACAAGUUUUGCAUAUAUUCAAAGACUAUUGUUGGCCACAGUAAAAUGUAUGGAGUGUAUCUUUUCUCCAGUUUUCCCAUUUCAUUUUCUUCAUGCUAUCUAUUGGUAACACUUAACACAAUUGAAUUUUAAAUAUUCCAAAGGCACUUGACUAGUAACCUUCAAAACUUGAGUAACCUCUUUUUUUUUUUAAUCUCAGUUCUGAAAUCAGUGUUGUUUAAUGUUGGCAAUGGUCAGGACGGGUAAUACUAGGUUAU